UCCUUAAGUCUGAUUUGGAGAGAGCUCGAGCGGGGUCCGGAGGGUGGAACAGUGAAUCUUUCAACUUGCAAGUUUUUCAAGAAAAGAGAGCGAGAGAGGGAGGGGGAAAAGCGCCCAUAACAGAAAAGAGGAGUUUGCAGCUGAGCGGGAUCGAUCGUUUGGGAAAAUUUCAGGAGGUCCUUCCGAUCCCUUCCGUGGGCUGUGGGCAGCGGCACCAGCAGCGGCGUCCACGCUCGGCGGGUCAGACGCGGGGCGCGGCGGGCGGGUGGCUGUGCAGCGGGACCCGAGCGCAGCAAAGUCUUUUCCGCCCGGGAGCUUCGCGCUCGCGCCCCCUCCCUCACCCCGGCCUCUCCCUGCUCCCCCCCUCCCCACCCCCACCCGGCCCUCUCCGGCGCGCGCCCCGCCACCCGCGCGCACUCGCUGGCGCUCCCCCUCGCGCACACACAUGGUCGGCUCGCGGCAAAGUUUCGCCUGCGAUCGCCACUCCCGGAUCCUGCUGCAGUGUUCGAGGCGGUAACCUUGAACUUUCCCAGUGCGGUGACACAUUCUCCUUGCUUUCCCCACCGCCCGGCCUCCUGCGCCCCCCUCCCCGCCUUUUUUUUUUUUUUUUUAAAGCAUUUCAUCACCCACCACUACCCCAUACCCAUACCGAACCCUCGAGCACCCCAAGCCCCCAACAAUAACAACAACUACUGCAAAGCAGAAAACAAAUUCCCCAAACCGGGCGACCAGCAGCCUGCACCAGCGGCGGCCUUGGAGAGCUCGGCCGGCGCGCGCGGACCGCAAGAGGGUUAAAACUGUAGAUUGGAUUUCACCCCGGGAAAUCUAGCUCGCCGAGUGAACUUGAAUCUUUGGCUAUUUAAGGAGGACUGGGUUUGUUGCGAAGUUGCGGUGAUCCAGCGCAGAGCCCUGUCCUGAUUGAUCGCAUCGCUGGGCUCAGAUGACUGUAAAAUGAAUAGAUGAAAUCCUUGCUUCUCGAAGAUUUUCUUGGGCAUCUCCGGGAAAGUGCGUUUUAAGGCGAAGUCAUGAUGUAUUCUCCCAUCUGUCUCACUCAGGAUGAAUUCCACCCAUUUAUUGAGGCACUUCUUCCACACGUCCGUGCAAUCGCCUAUACUUGGUUCAACCUGCAGGCUCGAAAACGCAAGUACUUUAAAAAGCACGAGAAACGAAUGUCAAAGGAUGAAGAAAGAGCAGUCAAAGAUGAGCUGCUCAGUGAAAAGCCUGAAAUCAAACAGAAGUGGGCAUCCAGGCUCCUGGCCAAACUACGCAAAGAUAUCCGCCAGGAGUACCGGGAGGACUUUGUGCUCACCGUGACUGGCAAGAAGCACCCGUGCUGUGUCUUAUCCAACCCAGACCAGAAGGGUAAGAUUAGGAGGAUCGACUGCCUGCGACAGGCAGACAAAGUCUGGCGUCUGGAUCUAGUCAUGGUGAUCCUGUUCAAAGGCAUCCCUUUGGAGAGUACCGAUGGCGAGCGGCUCAUGAAGUCCCCACACUGCACAAACCCAGCACUUUGUGUCCAGCCACACCAUAUCACAGUAUCAGUUAAGGAACUUGACUUGUUUUUGGCAUACUACGUGCAGGAGCAAGAUUCUGGACAAUCAGGAAGUCCAAGCCACAAUGAUCCUGCCAAGAAUCCUCCAGGAUACCUCGAGGACAGUUUUGUAAAAUCUGGAGUCUUCAAUGUAUCAGAGCUUGUGAGGGUAUCCAGAACACCCAUAACCCAGGGAACUGGAGUCAACUUCCCAAUCGGAGAAAUCCCCAGCCAGCCAUACUAUCAUGACAUGAAUUCUGGUGUGAACCUGCAGAGGUCGCUGUCUUCUCCACCAAGCAGCAAAAGACCCAAAACUAUAUCCAUAGAUGAAAAUAUGGAGCCAAGUCCUACAGGAGACUUUUACCCCUCUCCAAAUUCACCAGCUGCUGGAAGUCGAACAUGGCAUGAAAGAGAUCAAGAUAUGUCUUCUCCAACGACAAUGAAGAAGCCUGAGAAGCCACUAUUUAGCUCCACAUCUCCACAGGAUUCUUCCCCAAGGUUGAGCACUUUUCCCCAGCACCACCAUCCCGGAAUACCUGGAGUCGCGCACAGUGUCAUCUCAACUCGAACUCCACCUCCACCCUCGCCGUUGCCAUUUCCGACGCAAGCUAUCCUUCCUCCAGCCCCAUCAAGCUACUUUUCUCAUCCAACAAUCAGAUAUCCUCCCCAUCUGAAUCCUCAGGAUACUCUGAAGAACUAUGUCCCUUCUUAUGACCCAUCCAGUCCUCAAACCAGCCAGCCUAACAGCAGUGGCCAAGUAGUAGGGAAAGUGCCUGGCCAUUUCCCUCCUGUCUUGGCACCCUCUCCCCAUCCCAGUGCAGUGCGACCUGUGACCCUGACCAUGACAGAUACUAAACCCAUCACUACAUCCACUGAAGGUGAGGCAGCUUCACCUACAGCAACCACCUACACAGCCUCAGGCACAUCUCAAGCCAAUCGAUAUGUGGGACUAAACCCAAGAGACCCAUCCUUCCUGCAUCAGCAACAGCUGAGGAUUUGUGACUGGACCAUGAAUCAAAACGGCAGGCAUUUAUACCCCAGUACCAGUGAGGAUACAUUGGGAAUUACUUGGCAAAGUCCUGGUACCUGGGCUAGCUUGGUUCCUUUCCAAGUGUCAAAUAGGACACCCAUCUUACCGGCAAAUGUCCAAAAUUAUGGUUUGAACAUAAUUGGAGAACCUUUCCUUCAAGCGGAGACAAGCAACUGAGGGGAAGGAAACACAACAAUAGUCUAAGAAAAUUAGGGGAAAAACACUCAACGCAAAGGAAAAGAAGAAGACUGGAAGAAAGGGAGGGAGGAGCGAAGCUGAGGAAGAAGACAGCACUUACAAUCACUAGUUCCCUUAAGGUUGACGCUCUAACGACACGAAGGGUCGAUGAUAUCUCACGAUGCUAGACUGCAGCCCCCGCAACGUAGCCUUUGUUCAUGAAGUCCGCUGGGAAAUAGAUGUUCUGUCUCUAUGACAAUAUAUUUUAACUGACUUUCUAGAUGCCUUAAUAUUUGCAUGAUAAGCUAGUUUUCUUGGUUAGUAUUCUUGUUGUUUACGCAUGGAGUCACUAUUCCUGGUUAUCCCACCAAGGCUAGGAGGCGGCAUCAGAGGUGCUGGGGACAGAGCCAUGAGCCAGCCAUUUUAUAAGCACUCUGAUUUCUAAAAGUUAAAAAAUAUAUAUAUAUAAAAUCUCUGUAGCCUUUAGUUAUCCGUACAGAUUUAUUAAAUUUUGGCCCUUAACCCAGCCUUUUCCAGUGUGUAACCCAGUUUGAAAUCUUAAAAAAGGACAAAAAAAAAUGAAAAAUAGGAAAAAAAAAAACGGUUUGAACUCAAAGGCUCUAUGGAAGAAAUGCCUCUGUGUGGGUAAAGUGUUACCUCUGCAUGCAACAGUAAAAAUUAAUAUAAUAUUUUCCCCACAAAAGAUACACUUAACAGAGGCAAGUGCAAUUUAUAAAUUUAUAUCUAAAGGGGAAUUGUGAUUAUAAGUCCUUCAGCCCUUGGACUCUAAAUUGAGGGGAUUAAAAAGAAUUUAAAAUAAUUUUGAGCGAAUUUAUUUUCCCCUCAGUUUUUGAGGGCAUUUUAAAAAGGCAUUAAAUCAAGACAAAUCAUGUGCUUGAAAGGAAAAACAAUGAAUGAAAACACAGCACUUAGGUUGGCUUAGCUGCAGCCUCAUCAGAGGUCAAAUUAUUUAUUUAAAAUUACUGGUUGCAUCAAGAACCCAUAGGGUGUACAAACGGUUCUAUAAAAUCUGCAUCGUAGAGACAAAGAGGCAGGUAAAUCCAUGUCACAAGGGUAAAGCUCCCAGCGUACAGGCUGGGAAUGAAUGCCAGGGCAUAGGGUAGGGAAACACGCUCUUCAGAGAAGUGCCAUCGGGGUGCUGGCAACGUGCAUGGUGCUUUCAGACAUUAGCCUUGUUCAACACAUCUCUCGUAUUGACAGAUCCAUAGUGUGCAUGGGCAGACACAUGUUGCCUCUAUGUCUCUUAAAAUUUUAAUUAAAAGUACUCUUUCCAGUAAUCCUAAUUUGCACGAAGAUAUAAUGUCCACAUUACGUGCCUUGCCUUGAAAUUUAAAAAAACAAAAGACAAAAAAAAACCACAAAAGUGACAUCACUACACUUGUUUUGCUGCAUUUAUUAUCGUUUUAAAUCUUUACCAUUUUUAUGAUGAAAUAUUUUGUACUCCAGACGAAGAACAAUGUGUGACAUCAUGGAUUUUUUAGACAGUUACACCUUUAUCUCACGUUUAUAAAGCAUAUCAUGGCUGUGUAUAGUUGCCGCUUCAAAGUUGUAAUCGACCAGCAAUAUUUUCAGUAUUUUGGUGUUUUUUCUAUUAACCUUUCAUGUUUUUCAUCUUCCAAUUAAUAUUUGGGGGGAGGGGUUUCAAAUUUAUACGAAUUAUGCAAUACCAAGUUUUGCCUAUGUAGGUAGUGCUUUUAGCUGUAUUGGUUAUUAUAGGUAAGUACACAGAUUUGAAAAGAAAUAAUGUAUGCUUUUUUGUUUGUUAAUUUGUUUGUUUGUUUUAAUUGACCAAAGUGGGUACUGCUAUUUUUGCAGUGUGAUGAGGUCCUUUUGUGUACUGAGAGAUGGACAGGGGAUUUUUUUUAAUAUACAUAUAUAUAUAUAUAUUCUGGGGGUGGGUGGGAGGAUUUUUAACACUUUACAGUGUGGCUGUGAAGCAGUACACCCUGAAAUGGGCCCGGGCUGCAAAGCGACUCUUCUGCCUACUGUGACAAACUUCAGCUUACACAGGUUCCCUCCCCCCCUCCCUGCGUUCCCACCUAGGGUGCAAGCUGAACUCAUUUCUGGUUUUCAAGCUAAGAAAAUGGGAAGAAAAAGCAAGCACAGCAAAGCCUCCUAGGGGCAGAGUUAGAACUGCCCUGUCUUGUUUUAGUUGUGGUGGAUAGUUUUUCCUGAAAGUUCCAAAUCCACAGUGGAAAGUAAGCCUGUCUCAUAUUUGGCAGAGACGUUUCUUGAAGUGCCCACAUAGCAGAUGUUGGCUGUUUCACACUUCUGAGUUUAACACAGGAAUAAGCUUUCUUCUACCAAACACGCUCGCCCAUCUGGAGGGAGGGCUCCCCUAUCCUUCCCAGCCCCGUGUCAUUUUCUCAAUGGUAGGAAAUGAUGCUCCUGUGUCUUAGGACUUCGAGUGGAUGGCAGUGCACUUGGGAGUUUGUUCUCUGACAUCCGGAAGGUUGGCUAGAGAGAGGGUGACUCUUAUUGAAUGUAUUUGGACUGAUAGAUUAAAAUCAAAGUUCAGUUUUUAAAGAACAAAAAUAAGUAAAUCCUUUUAUUUUACCAGCCCUUGUAAACUGAAAACCAGAGCAGAGAGAAAUAUAGACUUUUAAGCAACUAAUUUUCCUGUGGAUAAAUUAAACCCGUUUGAUAAUGAUGAGAGGGACUUCUUUUUAAGGGAUGGUACUUCAAAUAUAUAUAUUUGAGUUAGUUUCCCCUGAGGGCUGGAGGUGAAUGAAGGCCAAUUUUAUUUCAUCUUCCCCAACCUGGUCCUAUUGAGUGUAUUCAUUACUCCAAGAAGAUCUUUCAGAAUUAGUGACACACACAGUAGGUUGUCAUGAGGCUCUGCUGCCCCCAGCCCCUAUGCCAUGGCCUAAUAAAAUAAACUGUCACCUGUACGCAUAGCAGAUCACUUAAUAGCGAGUACUGUAGAACGGGGCUCCUAGGCCUGAGCAUUGUCUCUGACUAGUCUAUUCGGUUUGAUGUCUGAAUGCUGGAUAGCACAGUGGGACAAGCCCCACUGCAUCUGUGAUACUUGCUCUGCAGACAGCAAAUCCUCUCAGCCAAGCUCUUUACGUAUUUCUGACCUACUUGGUGGAGAUCUCAACCUUACAGGACACAGUAUUCUUUCCAGGCAGACUCCUCUUCCUGUUGCCAGUGAAUGAACAAUUCUUGCUAAACGACAUGGCAUGCUGUGGCAUCCCUGCCUGCCUCUUGGGUACAGAGGCCUAGAGCAAGUGUUCCUUUUUUUCCUAAAGAAUUUUCUUUUCCUUUUGAGAUAAACUUAUUAAGAAGCACUACUAUAGAUAAUCUCAAGUCCACUUUUAGCCUCCUAUUUUUGUUUUUUUGUUUUUUUUAGAAAAAAAAUAAAAACCCAGGAAGUAUAUUCUGACGAAGGGCCCCAUUUUUGCAGGUCUUGCACGCCCCUUCCUUACCCAGACUGCAGAGGUUCAGGAUGGUGAAGGUCACCCAAGGGCAUCUGUAGGGGUGGUGUCUCCAGCCUUUUUCAUUCGCUUUGCAGCCCACCACUCACAGUGCCUCUGAAGUGUGUUUCCCCAGAGUGACGUGAGCAGUCAAGGCUUGCCUAAGGAAAAAAAUACCUGAGAGGCAGUGAAGGAGACUGUACAUAAAGACAUGGCAAAACCUUAAUUAUAGCAAUAUAGUUAUCGGGUAAUGUUCGGGUGGGCAGCUCCAUUAACAAGGAUGUGACUGAAUCUGCGACGCUGUGAGUAGCGAGAAGAGCGAGGUCUUCGUAACGAACCGCCUACCUUGUAGACAGUAAUUUGUACACUGUAUAGUUUUGUUAAGAAUUUUUUUUAAAUUAAAAUUCCCAUGUUUGUAAAGCUAACUUUUUAACAAUUAUAAUGGAACUGUGUGUUGUUUCCAUUUUUAAAGUAAGCAAGAAUAUUCCUUGUUUAGAGACUGGACUUGAGUUAAAACUCUCCAGGCUCUUAAGUUAUGUAUUAAAAAAAAAAUCUGUCCAUGUUAGGAGAUGUUUCACAGAUUCCUGUGCUUGAAAAGCAUAGGACACUAAUCCUUUAAAAAAAGUGUAAAUGGAGAAAAGUUAUAUUUUAUGAAGGUUAUUUUGUUGUAUUUAGUAUUGGAAAAGUUGGUUUUCAGAGCAUUUCAGAAUGUCGGAAGCACCGCUGUCCUUUCUUAGUAUAUAAGGCCUUUAGCAAACAUUUUUUUGUGUGAUUAUUCCAUGAUGGUAUUUAAGGUUAAGUUUCACAGAGCAUUCAGGAUAGGCAGAAACAAAAAAAUAAAAAAACAAAACAAAGCAAAAAAAAAAAAAAAAAAAACUAGUGCUAUGUCUCACAUAAUGUGUCCUCAGGGAGCAGAAUCUUGGAUUUGUCACUUGUAGCUUCAUAAGGACUCAAUGGAAGAGAUUGCGCGGGAACAGCUAAGCCGCAAAGCAGGGCAUGCUCUCUACCUAGACGCAGAUUCUGUGACCGUGUGAAACAGUGAAGGCUGCAGAAAGUCACCCACUCAGCAGACAGUAUUCCCUCUCCAUGCGCCGACAGUCUUGCUGGCAGAUAGGCCCCAAGCAUGACACUCAGUAUCGUUUACAUGCUCCUGCCAAGGUCUUUGGUUAACAUUAACCAGCUGCAUGCUUUCUGGACAUUUAAGAAUUGGGGUUUCUAUAUUUAAGAAAAAAAAAUUUUUUUUUUUUUUAAUGUGCAGGCUCUUCAAGUUCAAUAGUAAAAACUCGAAAUUGAAUGUUUUUACAUGCUGAAGGAGCUGGAAGCCG